GUUCAUUCAUGACAGUGGAGUGAAACUCUGGUGGUUGCCAUGGAGCCUGCCUGGCGUCAGCAGGGCAGGGGGCGUGGCAGAGGCCAGCCUCGCGGUGCAGGGGCGUCGGCGGUGGCGGUGGGGGGAGGCGCAGACGUCGGUAAGGGGGCCCGGGAUCGACCCCCCCAGAGAGACGGCAAUAAGGGAGACAUGGGAGCCUGGGCCGGCAGGGGGAGAGGGGGUGUCUCUACAGCCCCAGCAGCCCCGGCUGGCCCAGCCGCCCCAGCAUCAAAGACACAGCACUCGGCUCCCCAGAACAGAGGCGUGUCAUCCCAGUCCAAGUUUGAUGAGAUCAGGAAGUCCAAUCAGGCUGCAGCCAUGAGGCUGGCGGAGAGCCAGUAUUCUUCCUCCUCGGAAGAGGACGACGAUGAUGAGGAGGACGAAGGGCAGGGCAAAGGGAGGGCUGGCAAGCAGGGCAAAAUCCUGGAGUCCACCUUCACCACUUACACCAGCCAGACAGGGGGUGACACGACUGAUCUUGAGCGCACCAGGCAGUAUCUGAACGAGGCCUUCCAGUCCGGAGCCAUUGCCUGCCUUAUUUGCAUCGCCUCCGUCAAACGCACACAAGCAGUGUGGAGUUGUGAGCGGUGCUAUUGCAUAUUCCACAUCACCUGUAUCCAGAAGUGGGCCAAGGACUCUGUGUUCCUGGUCUCCUCGGUGACCGAUGAGGACUUUGGCAAGAAGGAGCACCCCUGGCCAUGUCCCAAGUGUCGGCAUGAGUACGCGCCGCACCAGACGCCCACGCGCUACCACUGCUACUGCAGCAAGGUGGCCGACCCCCCUGCCGACCCCUGGCUCCUCCCCCACUCCUGCGGACAGGUGUGCCAGCGCACCUUCAAGCCCCACUGCGGACACCACUGUCUGUUGCUCUGCCACCCAGGUCCGUGCCCGCCGUGUCCUAAGAUGGUGUCGGUGUCGUGUGUGUGUGGCAAGGCGGCGCCCGUGCCCAGACGAUGCCACUCCAAAGCCUGGCACUGCCAGCAGCGCUGCGGGAAGAUGCUGCCCUGCGGAACGCACAUGUGCCAGAACCUCUGCCACGGAGGGGAGUGUGAGCCGUGUCCCAGGGUGAGCGUGCAGCGGUGUGUGUGUGGCCGUCAGCAGUCGGAGCGUCCGUGCGCCAGCCCCCAAUGGCAGUGUGACCAGGAGUGCGGUGCUCCGUUGUCGUGCGGUAACCAUGUGUGUGAGCGCGUGUGCCACAGCGGUGUGUGCGGGGAGUGCCCACGCUCCGGAAACCGCUCCUGCCCUUGCGGAAAGUCAAAGUGUUCGUUGCCGUGUACAACUGACGUGCCGACGUGUGGCGACACCUGUGGCAAGAGGCUGGAGUGCGGCCUGCACACCUGCAGCAUGAGGUGCCAUAGAGGGGCCUGCGAAACAUGCAGACAGGAGGUUGAGAAGCAGUGUCGAUGUGGGCGCUACAGUAAAGUGAUGGCCUGUCAUAAGGAGUACCUCUGUGACAACAAGUGCCCCCAGAACCGCUCCUGCCAACGACACCAGUGCAAGAGGAAGUGUUGCCCAGGCAACUGCCUCCCGUGCGAUCUGGUCUGUGGACGAUCGCUGGGCUGCCGCAACCACAAAUGCCCCUCCGCCUGCCACCAGGGCAGCUGCUACCCGUGUCCUGAGGUGGUGCAGGUGAAGUGUGUGUGUGGCUCCACAUCCCUCACUGUGCCGUGCGGUAGAGAGAGGACCACCAAGCCCCCCCGCUGCAAAGAACUCUGCAGGGCGAAGUCCACCUGUCACCACCCCUCCCGGGAGCCUCACCGUUGCCACGCUGGACAGUGCCCCCCCUGCAGGCAGAAGUGUGAACUGGCGCUGCCCGCCUGCGCCCACCACUGUCCCCAGCCAUGCCACGACCAGGUCAUGGUGAAGAGCGGACGGGCCCCACUUGCUGGGCCAUGGGAGCAGCCCACCUUGCCAGAGUUUGUGUGCAAAGCUUUGCCUUGUCCGCCCUGUCAAGUGCCCAUACCAACGGCCUGCCUUGGCGAACAUGAGGUGAGUCCGGUAGCGUGUCAUAUUAAGGGUCCCUUCCCCUGUGGUCGCCCCUGUGGUCGAGCUCUGGCUUGUGGAAACCACACCUGCGCACUCCUGUGUCACAAAGUCACACACGCCAAGAACGCUGCUGACAAGACAAAGGCUGGUAAGGAGUGUGUGCCGUGUGAGGAGGGUUGCGUUCGGCCUCGUCCUGAGGGAUGCCCCCACCCCUGCUCGCUCCCCUGUCAUAGCGAGGACUGCCCGCCCUGCCGGCAGAUGACGCGCCUACGAUGCCACUGCAAGAUCACAAAGCUUUUCAUCGAGUGUGUGAAGUUAACUCUGGCAGAUGAAGAGGGCAAGAAACAACUCGGCUCCUGCAAGAACCAGUGCCCCAAACAGCUUGGCUGUGGGCAUCGGUGUAAAGAGCUGUGUCACCCGGGAGACUGUACGGAGUCCUGCUCUCAGAGAGUCAAAGUCAAAUGCCCCUGCAAGAGGAUUAAAAAGGAGUUUUCCUGUUCCCAGGCUCAGCUGCCAGACCUGGUUCUCUGUGACGACUUGUGCAAGAGCAUCCUCAGGAAAGCUGCAGAGAUGAAGGAGGCAGAGGAGCAGGCAGCCUUGGAAGAGGAGAGGAAAAAACAACAGGCUGAGCUGGAAGCGUUUGAGAAGCGUCAGAAGGGCCGCCGUAAGAAGGCUCGACGGAACACGGAGGCGGAGCCAGAGGAGGGGGCGUGGUCCCGAUACAAGAAAUACAUGCUGCUGCCAGUGUGUGGCGCCCUACUGGCCAUAGCCACCUUCUACCUGCUGCAGAUAGAGUAGAGGAGACACACACACACACACACACACACACACACACACACACACACACACACACACACACACACACUGGCUACAGCCACCUUCUACCUGAUUCAGAUCGAGUAGAGGAGACACCUUUACACUCUCUCACACACACACACACACUCUGGCCACAGCCACGCUCUACCUGAUACAGAUCAAGUAGGAGAACACACACACACACACACACACACACACACACACACACACACACACACACACACACACACACACUCUGGCCACAGCCACGCUCUACCUGAUACAGAUCAAGUAGGAGAACACACACACACACACACACACACACACACACACACACACACACACACACACACACACACACACACACACACACACACACACACUGGCCAUAGCCACGCUCUGCCUGAUCCAGAUCAAGUAGAGGAAACACAUUUACUUACACACACACACACACACACACACACACACACACACACACACACACACACACACACACACACACACACACACACACACACACACACACACACACACACACACACACGAUACAGGAAGUACCUGCUGCUACCAGUGUGUGGCGCUUUUCCGGCCACAGCCACAGUCUACCUGCUGCAGAUUACAAACCGCAUAGCAACAAGCAACAUAAUAUAACAACAGGCUAACAAAAACAAGCAUAACAACAAUAGCAACAACAACGACAACAACGGCAUUUGAAAGAAGAUAAGAUGAGACGAGAUAGAUGGGUUGUAUUUCAAAGUCGACAAACUCUGUUCACAUCCAUACAACAGUAGUAAAAACAGCAGUAAUGAUUUCAGCUACAGGAAAUAGAUUCUUCUGCCUGCAUGUGGCGCUCUACUAAUGUAUGCCUCAUACAGAAUAAGUAGAGGAGACCACUUACACACCACGGCAAGACAACAUUGCAACCAACAGCAAAGUAGCUAACAUAGUUAGCAGCUAUGGUUUCGAGAAAUGCACCCUGACUUGCUUGUGCUAUAUACCUCACUGCAUUCACUUGCUGCUGGUCUUGGUAAUACCUUACCUCAGAGUGUGGAAUGUUGUUCUACAGCAGUGGUUCCCAAACUGGGGGUCGGGACCCCUAGGGGCCUCACGGAGGUACUGCAGAAAAUAGUAGGCAUUUAAGCUUUUCUUUAAUAUAAUCAUUUCAUAAAUUGGUUGGUUAAAGGAUUCACUUGUAUGAUGAAUAAGUGGAUGAACUAUUUCUUUGAAUUUCAUUCAUACAAUUGAGCAAUAUGAAUUAAAAUAAUAAUAAUAAAUAAUGUCUAAAAUAUUAAUAUAUAAUUAAUAAUAAAAGUGGGUCCACUUAUACUGUUUUUAGUCCGACCUGCACCGGUUACGUUCGGAACUUCAGUACUUAUCUUGCUUCGAACCAACCUUGCGGUUCCUGAACGCUUGGAUUUGUGGCGUGAAACACGCCAGCCGGUUCGAGAUUAGGUGUGGGAACGGGCUCCAGCGCGGUUCUCUGUCGGCUUGAAGGCGCCUUCAGUAGGGAGCUUCAUCCACAACAUCUACAGCUUAAAAGGUGCAUUUCCUUUGUAUUGUAAAUGGCUUGCCUUGACAUGGUGCCACCUACCUUGACACACUUAGAAAUGGUGGACAAACGCAACCAACACACUCACUACCUUGUGAGAUAUAGUGACUGCAGAGGUUCACAUCACACUCACAAGGACACUCAGAAGGACACUUCAAAGAGAGUGGGACACAUGGAUUGGGACAGACCUGUUUAGUGCCUGGAUGGGAAGUCUUACAGUGAUUUGUUUCCAAAACCCUGCUAUUUUGUCUUUCUUUGUUUCCUCUGAAUUUUGUUCUGUUCUUUUUUUCUUGUUCUGUUCAUUUUGUUCUUUUUUUGUUUUGUUUGAGAGAUCCCUGAUGAAUGAAUUGUAGGUUAGAAUCUCCCAUAUGGAAAUGUGAUGCUCGUAAUAAAACAACAAUUACAGUAA